UUCUUGUUAUAAAAUGGCGGCCAACAACGCUUCAAAUAAGUGAUUUGUUACGUAUACAAUACAAAAAUAUUGCAUAUUUUACAAACGUUCAGCGAUAAUUAGUGAAGAGUGCUUAAUUAUUAGUAAUAGAAAUAAAAUAGUGAUUAUGAAAUAUCGUUUUUCAUAUAGUUUUAGUAGUUAUAAAACGGCGUGGUAAAUUUUGCAUAAUGACGCAGUUUCUACCACCAAAUCUACUUGCAUUAUUCGCCGCAAGGGACCCUAUACCUUAUCUCCCACCGGCGGCGAAGCUCCCUCAUGAGAAAAAGCAAAAAGGUUACGAUGGAGUCGGAGGAUUCCUUGAAAAGUUUGAGCUUCCAUCGGAGACUCCUCCGCCAACCCGCGUGGAGACGCGCGAGGAGCGCAUGGAGCGACGCCGACGUGAGCGAGCGGAACAGACAGCUUAUCGACUGGAGCAGGAGAUUGCGAUGUGGGACCCCGCAGCCAACCCCGCAUCCACCACAGACCCUUUCAAGACAUUGUUUGUGGCAAGAAUUAAUUAUGAUACAUCCGAGUCUAAGUUGAGAAGAGAAUUUGAAGGAUAUGGACCAAUUAAACGGAUUAGUAUGGUAUACAGCAAAGAGAACGGCAAACCGCGCGGAUACGCCUUCAUCGAGUACGAGCACGAGCGCGACAUGCACUGUGAGUACACACACCACCACACCACCACACUCACCACACCACACCACACGGAGAGACGACAUCGCUGCAUCUGCACUGGAAAAAUUGCAUUUUACACUUCAGAUUACAUUACAUCCCCUCCAUCUGAUGUACCAACUACCCGCAUUCUUUCAGACUACCCUCAGUUCCGUCUGCCGCCACCGGACGUACACAUCAAGCAGGAACCUGCAGAAGAAGAGGAUAAAUACAACCCUGAAGAAGCCAACGGUGACCACUACGACUACUGACACCCUCACACUCACCACUCGCACCACACAACACUACACUCGCCAACUAAUGACCACAAACUACCUAAAGCCUAUCUAUCCAACAAUUACCUCACAACAGACAGAUACCAAACUCCAAAUACACAACAACGAAAAUAUAAACUUAAACAAACAUAUGACAAUCCAGAUUAUACGCCAAGAAAUUACAUUUCAACUAAAACUCGCCAAAUUCCAACUAAAAGUUACCACAAACCAUAUAUCUUUCAACAAAAUAAUAACUACAAUCCAACAAUGGUACAACAAAUACCAAGUUAUAGAUCACUGAAUUACAACUUACCCAGAUUUCACCAUAAUACUCGAUUCCUCCACUUUCCCAGAUUUGACUACAGACCACUGAUGGUCAACAUGCGCAAAUUUGACCACAAUCCACCUAGCUACCACAUGAUGCCAAUGAUUCACCACAAUCGACAAAUACACCACUAUUAUCCACCAAUGGCCUAUCACAUUCCGCCAAUGGGACAUCAUAGUCCAAUAAUGGGACGUCAUAGUCCAAUAAUGGGACAUCAUAGUCCACUAAUGGGACAUCAUAGUCCAAUGAUGAGACAUCAUAGUCCACUUAUGGGAUAUUAUAGACCACUUAUAGGCCACAACAAUCCACUAAUGGAACAUAAUAGUCCACUAAUGGGAUAUCAUAGUCUUCCAAUGGGACAUCACAGUCCACCAAUGGGUCACCAGACUCCACCAUUAGGCCACGAUAGUCCACAGUUGUGUCAUGUACCAACAAGUGCAUGGAUGGAGCAAAUGCAUGCAUGUUUUGAUGUAGAUUAAAUUGAUUUAAAACAAAUACAUGAAAAUAGAAUAAAAACAGAUUAAAAAAUAACUUUUUAAUGUUUUAUUAUUGAAGAAAUCAAGCCUUAAUAAAAAUAAUGUGUAAGUUAUAUCUUAGGAAAUAAUUGUAGGUAAUAAAUAUAUGAAAAUCGAGUAAUUAUUGAUAUUCCCUCGUCACUGGAACCGAAAUGACGUAUUAAACGAUAUUUUAUAUUUAUAUAAAAGUUAUUUUUAUUACAUUUUAAAGAAAAUAGUUUUUAUUACUUAAUUACAAUUAAAUUCAGUGUUUUUUUAUGAAAAUUUAAUUCGAACGUUUUUAAAAUGUAAAAUCUACUUUCGUUUGUAAAAACUUUGAUUUGUAAAAUUCGCACUUUGAAAUGUAAAAUAUCGAGUAUAAAUUAAAUUUAAUUGUAAAAUACGAAAGUAAUACAUUCUUGGCAAUAAUCUGGAUUUAGGUAAAUCUUCUUUACCUUUCUGACUUAGGUGUUGUAUAUUUCUGUAAAAGACAGUAAGAAAAUAUAUUUAACAGAACCUAUUGUAUCUGUCGGUUUGUAAUCUGACUAGAUAAAUUGUAAAAUGACUUCACUGUCACAUUUUGAAGUAACGGGAAAUGAUAUUUAGAAUAUUUUUAAAUGAUUCUUUUAGUAUUUCUUGAUAUAUGUGAAUAGAUAAAUUGAUUUUAAAAUAAGGAAUGAAAUCUAAAAAUGCUUACAAAACGGUAAGUUGAAAUCAUUUGUACAAAUAAUGAAAUAUAUCAAAAAAUACCUAAAACCGUUUGUUUGUUGGUAGUUGUACUGUACGUGGGCCUGUUUGAGACUUAAAUAUAUGGAUUUUAUAAAUA